AUGUACGUAUAUAUAACAUCAUCAUCAUCAUCAUCAUCAUCAUCAUCAUCAUCAUCAUCAUCAUCAUCAUCAUCAUCAUCAUCAUCAUCAUCAUCAUCAUCAUCAUCAUCAUCAUCAUCAUCAUCAUCAUCAUCAUCAUCAUCAUCAUCAUCAUCAUCAUCAUCAUCAUCAUCAUCAUCAUCAUCAUCAUCAUCAUCAUCAUCAUCAUCAUCAUCAUCAUCAUCAUCAUCAUCAUCAUCAUCAUCAUCAUCAUCAUCAUCAUCAUCAUCAUCAUCAUCAUCAUCAUCAUCAUCAUCAUCAUCAUCAUCAUCAUCAUCAUCAUCAUCAUCAUCAUCAUCAUCAUCAUCAUCAUCAUCAUCAUCAUCAUCAUCAUCAUCAUCAUCAUCAUCAUCAUCAUCAUCAUCAUCAUCAUCAUCAUCAUCAUCAUCAUCAUCAUCAUCAUCAUCAUCAUCAUCAUCAUCAUCAUCAUCAUCAUCAUCAUCAUCAUCAUCAUCAUCAUCAUCAUCAUCAUCAUCAUCAUCAUCAUCAUCAUCAUCAUCAUCAUCAUCAUCAUCAUCAUCAUCAUCAUCAUCAUCAUCAUCAUCAUCAUCAUCAUCAUCAUCAUCAUCAUCAUCAUCAUCAUCAUCAUCAUCAUCAUCAUGUAAUGGUUGA